AGGCAGUUGUGUGGUCAGCUGCUGAGACAGGUCCUGCUCCUGGAGGUGACAUUCAGUCGGCUAGCAGGAAACGGGGGUGCAGUUAGCAUCGACGAAACACUUCAACAUGGCACAGGCAGUGCAGAAACUUGUCGCUAAAGUACCUACCCUGCUCGGCGCCGCUGUCACCUACUCAAAACCUCGGCUAGCAACCUUCUGGUACUAUGCCCGUGUCGAACUUGUCCCCCCUUCCCCUGCCGAGAUCCCCAAGGCCAUCGAGGGGGCCACAAACCUCAUCAAGGGUGUCCAGUCAGGACGUCUCGGUCAAACCACAGUGAAGGAUGCUUUAAGGAACGGACUGGUGGCCACUGAAGUGUUGAUGUGGUUCUACAUUGGAGAGUGCAUCGGCAAAGGAGGCAUUGUCGGCUAUGCUGUCUGAAAUUUGGACUGUCAUACUUUUUCUCUUCUUCGUUUGAGCGUUGUACGUUCAACUUCCUGUAAGAAUCCUGGGAACCAAUAAACAGAUGUCUAUUGUUAAAAAAAAAAAAAAGA